AUGGCUCCCAACCUGCAACCCGCCAUCCGGGCCAUGGCUGCCGAUGCAGGGCAGACCAUCUCGAAGCUGUUCAGGCGCAUCAACAUCCCUCUCACGGCAACAAGCCCUCCGGGUCUCGUCCAGGCCAACGUUGUCGACCCGUGGUCACAGUCUGGGAAGUAUGCUCUGGGCUGGACAUACUUCGCUCUCGCCAUGAUGGCGUGCGUCAUCGUUGUCCGAGUCUGGCACUACUGGCAGGACAAAAUCCGUCAAGCCAUUUACAAGCAGGAGGUGGAAGACUAUUAUCGAAAUAUGUACAGCAUGGACACGGACUAUGCGACGGCGCUGCACUCGGGGCAGGCAGGGCAGUUCUUUCCAGAAGGCGACGGCUUGGGAUAUAAACAAUUCCGGCCAAAGGCACACUUCUCGUCGGUGGGCGUUGUCAACGACACCCUGGCUCUCUUCCGGUGGCUCUUCUAUCGGCCGAUUCCCGACAUCGUUAUCGGGAAGCACAGAUUCACCUUCUCUUCGCUCGCCGUGCUCAUGUGCGCAUUCGUCGCCAUCGUCUUCGUCGCUCUCUAUUGCUUCCUUCAGCAGCCGCUGUUCUGGCAAAGCAUUCGAUUUGGAUCGCCACCAGUGGCCAUCCGAUCUGGCAUGAUUGCGGUGGCCAUGACGCCUUGGAUCAUUGCGACAAGCAUGAAGGCAAACGUGUUGACCAUGUUGAUUGGCAUCGGCCCGGAGCGGCUCAAUGUCUUUCAUCGAUGGCUCGGCUACCUGUGCCUUUUCCUUUCGCUCGUUCACAUGAUACCCUUCUAUAUUCAGCCCGUGUGGGAAGAUGGCGGCAUGACAGUCUUCAAUCAGCUCUUUCCGGAUGGAAGCGGGAUGAUUUACGGCACAGGCAUUGCAUGCAUAGUGCCGCUCAUCUGGCUCUGCGUUGCCUCGCUGCCUUUCAUUAGGAGAAUCGCGUACGAAGUGUUCGUCAUCCUGCACAUUCCUGCCGGCAUCGUCUACGUCGGCCUCUUGUUCUGGCACACCAAAAACUACCUCAUGUCGUGGAGCUACCUGUACGCCACAGUCGGCAUCUGGGCUGUCUGCUACCUGAUGCGAUUCUUCAAGCUCAACUGGACCAAACCUUGGCGCAUGGCGUUUAUGGUCGGCGAUGAGGCAGCCAUUACUCUCAUGUCAGAAAAUGCCAUCAAGAUCACGAUCCCCACGCAGAUGCGCUGGAAGCCUGGGCAGUACGUUUACCUGCGCAUGCCCGGGAUCUCGCUCCUCGACAAUCAUCCUUUCACGAUUUCGUCCCUCUGCAGCGAGGACUUUCCGUCCGAGUAUGGCGAGACCUAUCGCGACUGCGUCCUUGUCUUCAAACCCUACCGCGGUUUUACCAAGAAGGUGCUGGAAACCGCUCUCGCCAAGGGACCGUUCCACACGUAUCGAGCUUUUCUGGACGGCCCGUACGGGGGCAUGCGCCGGGAUCUCGCGGCGUUUGAUACCUGCAUACUCAUUGCGGGAGGAAGUGGCAUUACCUCACUCAUGUCGCAGCUUCUGAAUCUCAUCAAGCGAAUGCGAGACGGGAAAGCCAUCACACGCAAGGUCGUGGUCGUUUGGGCCGUGAAGCGGUUCGAGGCACUGGACUGGUUCAAGGAGGAGAUGCGUAUUUGCCAGGAGUCGGCGCCUCCAGAGAGCGUCACCUGCAAAUUCUUCCUGACUUCAGCGGUGAGGCAUCGUCCGGCGGCAGGGAUGACAGCCCCAAUCAGUGGGCAAAACAGGGCGCUCAACCACAUGCUUCACGACAAGCUUGAUGGCUUCGUCGCCGGCAUCGCCUCGAAGCGAAAUUCUGCCCUUAUUCAGGCCGAAGCUCAGGGCGAUCCGGACCGUGAGCGGGAACUGCGCGCCGAGGAUGAGGAUCGCAUCACGGCGCUGCCACACCAAAGAUAUCUUCAGCCGCACCAGCACGCGCCGCAGUCUAGAACUCACUCGGUUGCCGAAGACACGCUGCGCGUCGGCCCGAACGGCUAUCCAGAGGACAAGAAGCGAGCCAUGGGCGAUGACGAAACUGAGUUUCACUUUCCUCCAGUCAACAAGGAGCAGCCUCACUUCAACUACGCUCCGGCCUCGCCCCGGAAGCUGCCCCAAGAAACCCCUCAAGAUGACGAGUCGUUACCCGUACGCGCCCCGGAGCUCGCUCACCUGCGGCGAUCUAACAUCCCCGACCCAUCCAGACAACGCCCCGUUUCCACCCUCGGCCCGCCAGCCGGUUUCGACUUUGGCUUCCCCGAGACGCCGACGGAGUUCCAGAAGAACCUGAUGCGCUCUGCCUUCCCGAUCCCCCUCCAGAUGGACGGUGGCUGGACCAUCGAAUAUGGGCGCCCCCAGCUCGGCCACAUGCUCAAGGAGUGGGCGACGGGCGGCACAGACGGGCGUGGCAUCCUGGGUCGGCGGACUGCCGUAUUUGUCUGCGGGCCGCCGGCGAUGCGCGUGGGCGUCGCAAACACAGUCGCAAGGCUGCAGGCAGAGAUCUGGGGCGAUGAUGAGCUAGAGGAGAUUUUCCUGCACACGGAGAACUAUGCCUUAUAA